AUGAGAAAGUAUUCCAAAGAUGGAGAUAUCUAUGAUUUAUAUUCAGUUAUUGUUCAUAGCGGAAGUGCAAAUAAUGGACAUUAUUAUUGUUUUAUUAAGGAUGAAUCCGACAAAUGGUUCAAAUUUAAUGAUACAUCAGUUACAAUUGCAUCUCUAUCAGAUGUAAUAGAUGAUAAUUUUGGAGGAGAUGGCAAGAAUUAUUCUGCUUAUUUGCUGUUCUAUGUGAAAAAUGGUUCAAAAAAUGAAAUAUUUUUUGAGGUGUCAGAAAAUCUCAUUCCAGAAAGAGUCAAGAAUAAAAUAAAGCUUAUUCAACAAAAGGAUACAAACAAAGAAUGCUAUGAAUUAAAGGUUUCAACAUCAGAGAGUAUCUCAAUGUCUUGUUCAGCUGGCUAUUUAUCAUAUAAUAAACCAAUGUUUUCCAUUUUUGUCAAAAAAUCUUCAUCAACAAUUGAUGUUUUCAACGAGGUUACAACAAAAAUAGGAUGCAAAAAAGAAGAAUUAAGAUUAUUUGGAGUUAAUCUAGAUCAUACACUAUCUAUCGAGAUAUUUCCUGAUAAACAAACUGUUUAUGGAUUAACAAGAUUCUCACAUUUAUUUGCAACAACAGAAAAAGAAGAUCUAAUUGUUCCUGUAGUUCUCUACGUUCCAAAUCUUAAAGAUCCAUUAAGAUUCUUAUGGAUUGAUACUAAAAAAUUUGAUGAUGAAAUCGCACCUUUAUUUGUAAAAGUUCGUGAAAAGUUUAGAUUUGAUAAUAAUAUUCACGUUUGGAUUGCUUCUGCAAAAGAUCGGGCAGAUUAUAUUUAUAAUCCAUUAGAAUCAUUUAGAACAAACGCUUAUCAAUCAGGAACAAUUGUUGUUUUGCAGAUUGAACAGUUUAUUCCAAGUGUUGAUGAAAUUGAAAGAGAAAAUAACUUCUCACAAAUCGAUAAGAAGAGAUUUAGUUUCUAUUCUACAUUAAAAGGAAGAUUUCCUUUUUCAUUUUCUAAAUUUAUGGAAAUGAGAUAUUGUGUUGAGUCAAUUAGAGUUCACACUGCAAACAAACAUGAGACAUUAUUAGUCCCAAAGAAAAUACUCAUGAGGGAGUUGAAGGAAAUGAUAUAUAGGCUUGUAAUUGAUUCACAAAAUCAAUCUUCAAUUUCAGAUUUUAAUCCUCAAACAGAUACAAUGCUUCUGUUUGUAAAUGACGAGAAAAAGCCUGUAAGAGCUGGAGAUAGUGUGAAAGCAAUGAAGUAUUUGCAGGGUAUAAAGUAUGGUGGUCAUAUUUAUGCAAUGAUGUUUAAAAACUCUCUUAUUGACAGUUGCAAUGGUUCAAUUAGAAUCAAUUUAAGAGUCAUCGAAAAGAAUAUUGUGAAACUGUAUUAUAGAUCAUUUCUUGUUUCAGAAUCUUUGACAGCUAUUGAUAUUAUCAAUUUGGCUAUUGAAAGACAAUGGGUUGACAAAAAUAGAUACAUUAAACUAUGCAUGGAAAACAAAAAUCACUUUCUGAGCGUGAUCAAAGGAGAGACAUGCUUAUUGGAUCUUCCAACAAACUUAACAAUAUCUGUUGGCGAUUAUGUAUUACAAAUAGCUUGUGAUGAAGUAGAUAUCACUGUUUAUCUGGAAAAAGUUCCUUUCUUGUUCACAAUUAAAUUGAGCGAACAAUGUAAAUCAGUUCUCAAGAGAUUAGGAAAGUAUCUUAAUAUAAAGACAGAUAACAAAAGAGUUUUCAUUAAGAAAUGCAAUAAAUACAAUGGUUCAAUUGAAUUGAAACCAGAAACUGUUAUCUGUGACUUAUUUGAUUUGAAAACAGAAGUUUUAUUCAUUAAAUAA